UGCUGUGCAUAUGUAAGGCAAUUUCGAUGCCCUGGCACUGAAUGUCACUAAACGCGCCAACCACUCGCAUUGCGUGCGAAAUACCCCGCAUCCGCCUCUUCGCUUUGUCUCAUCCUUCACAUCCAGCUCACAAGUUACACCCUGUGUGUGAGUGAGUGCGACUGUAUCAGUCUGUGCUCUUUUUGUGCGUGCGUAUUAGUGUGCGUGUGAGUGGAGAUCAGCUUUUGCUGUCGCAGUCGCUGUCGCAGCAGAAACCGCACGUCAAACAAACAAACAAACAACAAUUCACAUUCAUUCAUUGCGCGUCGGCUUCAUUGUGAACGAUAACGAUUGUGAUUGCCGCCGCCGCUGGCUAUUAUCGUCAUUUUUGCUACGCACUCACAUACAGAGAGCGCGAAAGAGAGAGCAGCAACAGCAGCAGCGAGGAAGAAGCUGCAGUGAGAGUGAAAUGAAGAUGGGAUUAUGAAAAAUAGCAAAAGCAAAUAUACAAAUUGUACUUAUUUGACUUUCGUGUGUAGUGAGUGAAAGUGCAUAAGUUCACUUUGGUUGUUGUUGUUGUGUGUUAAUUGUUGGUUGCAUUCGAUUAGUUUAUUUGUGUUAAUCAAUUCAUUGGCCACGCCCACAUAUGCCGCCUAGGCCGCAUCAACGCAACGCACAGAAAGACCUAACAAAAAUCCACACAAAAUGGCGAUAAAUUCAAGCGCCAGAGAAACGCCCAAGCGUAAAGUUUGAAACAACAACAACCAAAUCAAAUAAAAGAAAAUACAAGAAAAAAACCAAACAAAACAACAAAACGAAAAGUUGACGACGAAAUUUAUGCAACGAAAGUUUUGCCGAAGCCCGCCCAGCAGCAACAGCAGCGAAAGAGAGAGAGAGAGGCGGCUGAUAGGCCGAUAGGCGAUAAGUGUGGCCAACUUCUUGUGUGGCCAAAGAAACCCAAACUCGGAUCAAACUCGAAAGAAGCGCCUAAGAUGUGUUCCCGCAACAUAAAGAUCUCGGUGGUGCUGUUUCUUGUCUUGAUUCCCAUAUUCACAGCGUUGCCACACAAUCACAAUCUAUCGAAACGCAGCAAUUUCUUUGAUCUGGAAUGCAAGGGCAUCUUCAACAAGACUAUGUUCUUCCGUCUGGAUCGUAUCUGCGAGGAUUGUUACCAAUUGUUCCGCGAAACGAGUAUACAUCGACUUUGCAAGAAAGACUGCUUUGACUCCAAAUGGUUUGGCGAAUGCGUUAAAGUGCUUUUAACACCCUCAGAGGAAAUAACAAAUUUACAACAUUUCAUAAAAGUCGUAAAUGGUUCGCCCAUAUCAUUCAACAUGUCGCCGGUUACAUAACUCUCUUAAGUGGUAGGGUUACCACUCUGAGAACCACCAGCAGAAACCACCAGAAAAAUAAACUACCCACAACAUCCACACAUCCACAAUCCACACUCUACACAUCCACACAUCCACAUACAAUAUAAUACACAACAACAAGAGCAAAUAGUUAUGGAAGGAAUUCCAGUUCCAAUUUUGGAACACAAAACAUCCGAAGAAUCUGAACACAACAAGAAGAACACGAACAAGAGAACCAACAAAUUAAAUAUUUAACGCCCAAAUUUAAUUCGUACUUAUUUAUUACUGUAUGCUUUACAGUUUUUACUAUAACUAUGUGUUUUUUUAAAAACCCUAAUUAUUUUAAUUAAUUUAUUGAAACGUUACGCGUUUGUUGUAAGUGAGGGACAGGGACAUGGGAAAAAUGGGAAUAACGGGGGAGAAUUAACGGGGAUAUUGUGUAAGAGAGUGUGAUUACACUUCAACACUUACACACACACACAACACACACGGAGUAAGCGAGACAGCAAUAGCGAUAGAGAUAUAGAGAGAGAGUGGGGAAUCGGGGGUUUCUUCCCAGUUUUGACCGCAUACCCCGAAGCCGAAGAAGUAUUUAUUUAUAAGUAUUCUUAGCUUGUUUAUUAUUGCGUUAUGUAUGUAAAAUAAAAGAUCCAUUGUUUUUAAUAUACUUAUUUAAUGAAUAAUUAUUAUUUUUUGUAUUGUAUGUAAACAAAAACCGAAAACAAAAAAAAUCGUAUCGCGUAUUCCAAGCAGCAUUUACAUUUUUACAUCAGAGGGCAGAGAACACAACAAAAUACUGAAAAAAUACCAACACUCACAGGCGACUCAUAUACAAAUACAUUAAACACAUACAUACACAUGCACACACACACGCAACCCACAAGAACGAAAGUAUUUUGCAAAUGUAUUAAAAAAUUUUGUGCUAUUUAGUAAAGUUUACCGUAAUUAGCGUACAAUUUGUUGGCAAAACGAAAAAAGCAAAAACAAAAAGAAAAACAAAAGAAAAUAUAUAAUCACGAGUACAUACAAAAA